AUCCUAAACCAAACUCCAUAUUUCUUUGAAAAACUAAGACAUGGGGAAAAAACCAUCACCAACACCAAACUCAAUAUCAAGGUUAUAUGCUUACAAGAAAAAACUUUGGUCUCUUUUGGGUAUCAUAAGGUUUCUUCUAAACAUGUUUGAGAAAUUCUUUUCACGUCAACUUCAUAGAUAUGUCACAAAAUAUUCACAAAAACUCAUCAAUUUCAUGUCUCCAUACAUCCAUAUUACCUUCCCAUAUUUAAUAUCAGGAAACAACCUAAGACACAGUGAAGCUUACACAUGUAUCAAAACAUAUCUUAGUGCAAAAUCAUUAGAAAGUGCCAAAAUCUUCAAUGCCGAGGUUGUCCAAAAUAAUCAAACUCCACUUGUUCUUACCAUGGGCGACAAUGAAGAGAUCAUGGAUGAAUUCAAUGGAGUUCAUGUUUGGUGGUCUUGUAACCAGGUAACUCAACAAGAUUCCGAUGAGAAAGAGAAAACUUCCUUAACAUUAACCUUCUAUAAAUGGCAUCGCGAACUCGUCACGACAUCUUACAUACAACAUGUAUUGGAAGAAGGUAAAGCUAUGUCAAUGAAGAAAAGAAAGCUUAAGCUUUACACUAACAACCCUAAAGAUGAGUGGAGAUUCAAAAGAAAGUGGAGUUCUAUAACGUUUGAGCACCCUGCUAGGUUUGAAACCCUAGCUAUGGAUCCGAAGAAGAAAGAAGAAAUCAUAAACGAUCUUGUUAAGUUUAAGGAUGGGAAGGAAUACUAUGCUAAAGUUGGAAAGGCUUGGAAACGUGGUUAUCUACUUUUCGGGCCGCCGGGAACGGGAAAAUCUACGAUGAUAUCCGCUAUUGCGAAUUUCAUGAAUUAUGAUGUUUAUGAUCUUGAAUUAUCGAUUAUCAAGGAUAAUAUUGAGUUGAAAAGACUUUUGAUUGCAACGUCGAACAAGUCGGUUAUAGUGAUUGAGGAUAUUGAUUGUUCUAUUGAUCUCACUGGCAAAAGAAAGGAAAAGAAGGACUUGAGCUCUCCUACGGGCGAAUACAAAGUAACUCUUUCGGGUUUGUUGAAUAUUAUCGAUGGAAUUUGGUCGUCUUGUGGAGGAGAAAGAAUCAUAAUUUUUACGACGAACUUUGUGGACAAACUUGAUCCUGCUCUUAUUAGGAGGGGAAGGAUGGACAUGCAUAUUGAAUUGUCAUAUUGUAGCUAUGAAGCUUUCAAGGUGCUUGUGAAAAAUUAUUGGGAUGUUGAAUCUCAUGAUGAAUUGUUUCCAAUUAUUGAGAAGUUGAUUGGAGAGACUAAUAUGACACCUGCUGAUGUUGCUGAAAGUUUGAUGCCAAAAUCAUUCAAUAAAGAUUUUGAAACUUGUUUGAAGGAUUUGAUUCAAUCUCUUGAGAAUGUAAAGGAAAAGGCAAAAUAAGUGUUAGUUCGUUUGAAGGCAGAGGAAUAUCAAGAAAAGGUUACCCAAGAGGAAGAAAAGGUGAAAGACUUAUGGAGAUUCAAAGAAAAAAACAAAGUUGAAUAGAAAGAUGUUAUUAUUUUUAUUAGUAGAAGAAAUAGUUUUAAUUAUUAUAAACUAACACACAAUUGUGAGAGUUAGAGUUCGAAUUUAACAUUAACAUUCAACUUAGUAAUAUCAGCGACUAGAAAUAGUAAUAUCAGCG